AUGGUUAAUGCAAAAGAAUUCAAAGACGCUCUGGAUGCACUGGAGAGUAAACUAAGAAUUGAAUAUGAAUCAAAGAUUAGUAAUGCUGUAGCAGAUUUGAAAAAAACAAUACAAUCAUUAGUAUUAACAGUUGCUGAUUUAACUAAAAAGAAUGAAGAUUUAAACAACAAAGUUGUAAAUGUUAUUGUUCCUGCUCCGAAUGAAGCUUAUAAUAUUGUAACAGAAAUUGAACAAAGAGAGAAGAACGUAAUUAUUUUUGGUUUAGAAGAAUCCAAUAAAACUGAUGGCGCAGAUAUAAAGAAAAAUGACGAAAACAAAGUAUUAGAUUUAUUGGAUCAAGUAUCAGUAGAUAAACUUCAUAUGGUUCGUAUUUUUAGAUUAAAAUCUAAAAAUGGUAUUGCACCAGUAAUUGUCGAAUCUAGAGCUCAAGUUAUAUUUGCUUGUGAGACUUGGUGGUCAGCAAUGUCUACUACUAAUAUUCCUGGUUAUAAUCUGUUUAGAAAAGAUUGUCAAUUUAGUCGUGGUGGUGGUGUAUGUAUUUAUAUACAAGAGAAUAUUAAAUCUUCUGAAAUAAAUGAAAAAUAUCUAAUAAAUGAAAAUAUUGAGCAAGUAUGGUGUUUGAUUGAAAUUGGCAAAGAGCAAAUCUUAUGUGGUUGUAUGUACCGGACAGGUCUUAGUAAUAGUGAAAAGUGUAUUGACAUUAUAAAUUCAUUAAAACAAGCAUAUGUACUCAAACAAAAUAACAAAUGCUCUGGUAUUUUAAUAUGUGGUGACUUUAACUAUGCAAAUAUAAAGUGGAACGAUGAAAGUUUUAGUGAAAUUAUAAAUGACAGUGACACAACAGCAAGUAUGUUUACUGAGUCGUUACAUGACUGUUACCUGCACCAAAAUGUUAUCAACCCUAGUUUUCAAGUAAAGUUUGGUAUUGAUACUAACAUUUUAGACGUCAUUUUGACUGAUAAUAGCAACAGAGUUUAUUUUCUUGAACAUUUUCCACCGUUAGGUGGUAUCGAUCAUGGUCAUCAUAUUUUGAAAUUUCGAUUUGGACUAAGUGUUAAUGAAUGUUACGAAAAAUGGCUAAGAAAAUAUGAAAUAGGAUGUGAAAAAUAUAUCCCAACGCUAAAUUUAGAUAAAAACUCUUUUCAACUAAAAAAUAACUCACUAUGGAUGACAAGUGAACUUAAAAGCAUGUGUAAAGAAAAGAAAAAAUGUUGGUUUAGAAACAGAAAUUCAGAUAUAAAAAAACUUGUCAAGAAAAGUAUUCGCAAUUUUGAAAAAAACUUGGCACUUAAUUCAAAAAACAAUCCUAAAAGUGUCUAUGCUUAUAUAAACAACAAAACAAGAUUUAAAGACUCGAUCAAAGCCAUAAAGCUACAUAAUGGUAUUAUAACUACUGAUAAUCAAGAGAUAGAAAGCACUCUUAAUGAAUUCUUUGCUUCUGUGUUUAUACAAGAUGAUUCAUCAGAAGAAGUUUUAGACGACAAUCUUUUAACAAAAUGUUCUGAUCCAGAUUUUAGUAUUUCUAUUAUUCAGAAACAUUUGAGUAAUUUAAAUAUGUACAAAUCAGUAGGUCCAGAUAAUGUUCACCCAAAAGUUUUAAAGGAAUGUUCAGAAUCUUUGUCAAGUUCUUUAGCAAUAAUAUUUGUUAAAUCGUUUAUUACAGGAUUUAUUCCAAAGUUAUGGUCAUGUGCAAACGUUGUUCCGUUAUUCAAAAAAGGAAAUAAACUAGAUCCAACAAAUUAUAGACCGGUUUCAUUAACAUCAAUUGUUGGUAAAGUUAUGGAGAGAAUUAUUAAAGAUCAUAUGAUGCUUGAUUCAGUCUCUCACACGAAAUUACUGAAAAAAUUAUUCAGACUAGGAUUUGAAUCAUCUUUGUUAAAUUGGUGUAAAUCAUUUUUGUCAGACCGAACACAGAGGGUUGUGAUAGGGAAAUAUAUUUCAAGUUGGAAGAUGGUUACAAGUGGAGUACCACAAGGUUCAGUACUCGGACCUCUUUUGUUUGUAAUCUUCAUUAAUGACUUAUGUAGAGGGAUUAUUAAAGACAUUAAAUUAUAUGCAGACGAUACCAAAGUUAUUUCAAUCAAUCAUUGUUAUGAUGAUAAUAAAAUAUUACAAGAGGAUAUUAGCAGGCUUUUGCUUGGCUUUGCUGCUCACUCGUCAGAUCCAGGUUUUCCAUAG